AUGAUCAGACCGAAAAUGAUGUUGUGCGAUGACGAUGUCUACAGAGAAAGUCGAUGGUUUGUUAGAUGGUCGAAACCUUUCCACACCAUCGACUUUGAGCUUAACAAAGCAUUUGGUUUUGACCAGGGUCGCGUAAUUAAAGUGGUCAAUCACUACAAGGUGCAUACCAUUAGAAAGAGCUUGAAACGCUGA